UAAUCUCAGCCUUUGUCCUACGGCCUCCACGCCACGUUGUGCCAUGUCGAAGACAGCAACUUGGGACUCGGACGACGCGAUGGAUUCGGAUGACAGCGACCUCAAAGAGCUGUACGGCCACAAUGGUGUGCUUUUGACUGCGGGCAUCAUUGCGGCAGAUGUGAUUGGUGCCGGCAUCCUAGCCAUGCCAGCUGCCAUGGCAAACCUUGGACUCUAUGCAGGUACUGCAGCCCUCAUUGCACUUUUGCUUGCGAAUGUGCACGUGUCCAUGGUUAUGUGGAGGGUUCGAAUGAAUUGCCCGACGUGUGUGGGCGCCACCACCUACACUGCAUUAGUGCAGGGAGCUUUUGCAAAAGCCCCAGCCUGGCAACAAGAGAUAAUGAUUCACCUGACGAGCUUUUCUCAGAAAUCCUUCCUUUUUGGCAUGAUGGUUCUUUACCUUUUGAGUGCUGGGAAGGGCUUUGGCAUGAUCUUCCACCAUGUCCAUGUUUGCCUUCCGAACUGGAUGAUCUAUGCCGCUUUCUUGCUGUUUCCCUUUGCCGCCAGUGCCCGGCAUUUGGGCUCUUGGCAAUCCUUAGUUUGGAUCAACGUGGUUUCUUUGAUGGGCACGGUGCUCAUCCCCUUAUGCUUCUAUGCCCUUAAUGGCACUGAGAAGAUCCGAGUGCCCGGAAGUCAUGUGGAAGCCGUCAGCGAGCUGUCGCCGCGACAAAUUUUGAGCAGCUUAUCCACCUUUUUCUUUGGGAUGACUUCCCAGUUCAUGCUGUUGGAGAUCAUCGCCGAGAUGAAAGAUCCAAUGGAAUUGCCCAAGGCCUAUGCUGGCUACUUUGCCCCAUUCCAGCUGGUGAUGUUUUCAUUGGCAGGCAUUGCAGGCUAUUGGUACAUGGGCAACAAGGUGGGCGGGAUGAUGAAUGAGAACUUGCCGUUCGGCCCUUCUCUACAAGCUGCUGCAGGCUGCAUGCUCGUUCACAUGCUCAUCUCGUACUUGAUCAAAGGAGUGGUGGUGUGCAAGUCAAUCCACCGAGCAGUGGACAAAAGAUAUGCUCACGGGAGCGACACCCGUCCAAGAUCUUGGAUGGUUUGGGUCUUCAUCGUUGCUUUCAUGCUUUUGCUCUCGUGGUUUUCAGCAAACUUGGUGCCGUUUUUCGGAGCAGCGGUGGAUUUCCUGGGCGCCAGUGUCACACCGAUCUCUUGUUGGUUAAUACCAUUGCUUUUGUACAUGAGGCCAGGACGGACCAGGGUCGCAUUGACAGGUGCGGCAAGUCCUGCGGAUUCAAUCAUAGCAUAGCUGUGAACAAUUUUCUGAAGCAAGAGAUCUACUAAUGGAUUCAAUUUAUAUAUGUCGAUUCGUUCCCAAAGGAUUCAAGUCGAGCAAAUAUCUUUUGAGCGACUUGAGGAUGUGCUGGGACUUCCCUGAAGAGGCUGAGAAGUCAUGGACACUAGAAUGGAUUCUCAUUGCUCUCGAAUGCUUGCUGGCACUCAUCCUAGUCGUCUUCGGUGUCCGAUCAUCAUUGCUGAAGAUCAUAGAGACAUGGUCCACCUACGGAGCUCCUUUUGACUGCCAUUGUGAGGGGCUUUGGGAGACAUGUGGCUGUUCAGCCGAACACGCAGGCAUGGCCACACAGUGUCCCGGAGUUUGAUCCGUUCCACGUGCCUUGGUGUUUUUGGGGCAGAGAUGACAAGAUCUGCGUGGACCUUCCUGUGUCACCUAGCUUGGGCCAAAGCAAAGUGCUGUUGGUUGGUCAAUUGAGGAGUUAUAUAUCGAACCAAGGUUUUCAAGCCCAAGAUAGUUUUCCUAGCUUUGAGUUUUGAUUUGUACAGUGCUUCUUCCAUCCCCGCUGGGAGGUGUUCAAAGCAAACAUCCUCAGUUUUGCUCGGCAAAGGCCGAAAGGCAGGUUGGCUCAGUUCAGGACUCACAUGAGGCUGAAACCCUGCCGGAGUUGAGAUUUGGGUCAAAGGCCCAGCUCUAGUUUUGACCCACCCUCACAUGGUGGAGUCUAUGGCUCUCGCAAGGUCUUCAUUUGGUCCUCGGUCAAAA